AUUGCAAAUUGGGAGCAGAAUCCGGCACCCUCCGACUGCCACAGCUAAACAGUCACCUACCAUUUUCCACUUCACGAGAUAUAGGCUUCCUUUCACAUCCCCAUCUCCGACCAAACAGAACUGAAACAUUGCAGAGGAUUGAUGGAUGGCAAUGGCGCCUUGGACGAGAUUCCAACUUCAAUUGCAGAGGGCUUUGGGUACCAUUCAAUCUCCAACCCUAUUCCUAUUUGCAAAUUGUUUCCAUUCUUCUACUCCUAAUUUCACUGCUGCAAAUAAAGAUGCACUUUUCUUCAAACACAAGUUCAAAUCUGCUUCUUUUACUCACCUUGAUGAUGCCUUAGCUUGCUUUAAUCACACUAUUCAUAGACAUCCUCUUCCUUCUAGAGUUGAAUUUAAUCGAUUUUUAUCUGCUCUCGCCAAAACGAAACAUUACCAGACCGUCGUUUCCUUGUCCAGAACAAUUGAAUUGCUAGGGAUCUCCCACACUAGUUGUUCUCUAACCAUCUUGAUUAAUUGCUUCUGCCACUUACACCUUGUAGAUUUUAGCUUCUCUAUUUUGGGGAAAAUCCUUAAAUCUGGAUUGGAGCCUGACAUUGUUACAUUUAAUACCUUAAUUAAAGGGCUCUGUGUAAAUGGUCUAAUUGAUCAAGCAUUAGACUUUCUUGAUGACAUGGUUGCAGGAGGUUACCAACCUACUGUUUAUACUUACAAUGUCAUAGUUAACGGUCUGUGUAAAUUUGGGAAAACAAGUGACGCUAUUGGGUUGCUAAAGGGAAUGGUUGAAAGGGGUUGUGAGGCAGAUGUUGUGACAUACAGUGCAGUCAUUGAUGCCCUUUGCAAGGAUAAGCUAGUUGUUGAGGCUUUAGAACUUUUCUCUCAAAUGAGGAAUAAAGGCAUUUUACCUGAUGUUAUUACUUACAACUGUUUAAUUCAUGGUCUUUGCAAUUUAGGCAAACAUAAUCAAGCUUUGUCCUUGUUGAAAGAAAUGGUGGGACAAAACAUAUCACCAAAUAGUUUUACCUUCAACAUAUUGAUUAACACUCUCUGCAAGAAAGGGUUGUUUUCAGAUGCUCAAAAUAUAAUCGAGAUAAUGGUUCAAAGAGGUGUGGAGCCUAAUGUGGUCACGUAUCAAACCUUGAUUCAUGGGUUGUGCUAUUUACAUAAGGGGAAGGAAGCUUUGGCCUUGUUAAAUGAAAUGGUGAGAAAGAAUAUAUUUCCAGAUGUGCUUACCUUCAGCAUAUUGAUUGACACUCUUUCUAAGGAAGGAAUGGUUUUAGAGGGACAAGAAAUUGUCAAUACAAUGAUUCAAAGGGGCAUAAAGCCUGAUGUUGUCACUUACACUUCAUUAAUGGAUGGAUAUUGUCUAAUUAGUCAAAUGAAUGAAGCUAGGAAAGUAUUUGAUCUCAUCGUUAGUAAUGGAAUGGUAGAUAUUUUUAGCUACAACGCAUUGAUUAAUGGAUAUUGCAAGAUCAAAAGGAUAGAUGAAGCAAUCCAACUUUUUGAUGAAAUGCCUAAAAAUGGUUUAGUUCCUAACACUGUUACCUUUAAUACUCUUAUAAAGGGCUUGGUGGAAGUAGGGAGAAUGCAGACUGCACAAGCAUUUUUGAAGAACAUGUGUUCUCUUAGUCAAAGGCCAGAUAUAAUAACUUUCUCAAUGCUUCUUCGUGGCUUAUGCAAAAAUGGGGACCUCGAUGAGGCACUCACACUAUUUAACGUGCUGGAAAAUAGUCAAUUGGAGCUUGAUCUUGUGACCUAUACCAUUUUGAUCGAUGGUAUGUGCAAAGCAGGAAAGAUUGAUGAUGCCAAGAAUCUAUUCUCUAGGCUCUUUGAAAAUGGAUUACAACCUGAUGUUUAUACAUAUAGUGCAAUGAUAAAUGGGCUUUGCAAAAAAGGUUUGCUAGAUGAAGCAAACAAGAUUUUUAGAGAAAUGGAAGGGGGUGGAUGUUUGCCAGAUAGUUGCUGUUAUAAUGUGAUUAUUCAAGGGUUUCUUAGGCAUGAUGAAGUAAUGAGGGCAAAUCAAUUUAUCGAUGAAAUGGUAGGCAAGGGAUUCUCUGCAGAUGCCACUACAGCUGAAUUGGUAAUACAUUUGUUACGCAAAGAUGACCUUAUUUUGGGAAAAUUAGGAAAUAAAUUUGAAGUUUCUAAUGUCAUAAAUGUGAAGUGAAAUUCUAACAAUCAAUAUCAGGUUAACAAAUGCAUGACAUUUGUGCUAUGUUCUGUGUUAUUGUACUUCAGUCUAUAUCAAUACUAAUGCAAUUCCAAUGCUGCUAAUUAGUAGCUUUUUCUUUA